UCCCAAGCGAGAUCCUUCUCUUUCUCUCAGUUUUUAGCCAUGCCUUCCGGAGCUCCCAAGAACUGCUCAAAGACCUACAAGGUCCCCCGUCGUCCCUUCGAGGCCGCUCGUCUCGACCAGGAGUUGAAGCUCGUUGGAGAGUACGGUCUCCGCAACAAGCGUGAGAUCUGGCGCAUUGGUUACACCCUGUCUAACAUCCGUCGUGCUGCCCGUGAGCUCUUGACUUUGGAGGACAAGGAUCCCCGCCGCCUCUUCGAGGGUAACGCCUUGAUUCGUCGCCUGGUCCGUAUUGGUGUCUUGGACGAGGACAAGAUGAAGUUGGAUUACGUCUUGGCCUUGAAGAUUGAGGACUUCUUGGAGCGUCGCCUCCAGACCCAGGUCUUCAAGCUCGGUCUUGCCAAGUCCAUCCACCACGCCCGUGUCCUGAUCCGUCAGCGCCACAUCCGCGUCGGCAAGCAGGUCGUCGACAUUCCCUCGUUCGUCGUCCGUCUUGACUCCCAGAAGCACAUUGACUUCUCCCUUACCUCUCCCUAUGGUGGUGGACGUGCUGGCCGUGUCAAGAGAAAGCGCGCCGCUGCUGCCGCCAACAAGGGCGACGGUGCUGAGGAGGAGGAUGACGAGUAAACAUCCAAGCCCACUCGCUCAUAACAAUAAACAUAUUACGAGUUCUUCUCUUAA